CUUUUGUUGAUGUAUGUCACAGGAUGUAGCUUCCUCAUGCUUCAAUCUAGCUUUCCUCGCGCCUUGAAGCUACGUUUUGCCCCGCAAAAACUCACUUCAUUUUUUUGUUCUACCUUACACUCUCUCAAUUCCAGCCCUCAAGGCCAGGCAAGCUCACACAAUAAAACACGAGGCAGUAAUUCUAGCAACAUCCAGGAACCCACUCGACGCGUGCUUCGAUCCCGCGUCAAUGGUCUGCUGCGCUCUAUAGAUAGUCGCAUUCUUGCAAACGGUCCCGAUGAUGUAGAGUCCUAUAUUCAUGACAGGAUUUCCGUGGCAAAAUUAAACAAUGUCUACCGCUCGACUAUGUUCAACCGACUCAUCCGUUUCUUGCUUGAAAGGAACCUUUUCAAGCUCGCUAUCUCGGUCUACGAGAGAAUGCUCCACGAGCAGUUCUUUCCCAGUCGUGACAUUAGCUUGCAAGUGAUAGCUAUGACCGAACUCGCAGAUGACACGGCCCAUGCUUCCGUCCCUAUCAGCAACGUUAAUCUAUCUGCGUCUGGCAAUAUGGUUAGCGUCAUGGUAACGUCGUGUAUGCGUGUGGGGAAAAUGAGCGUUGCAGAACGUUGGCUCAAGAAGUAUGAGAGCGACUGCAUGGAGCAGGGGGUUGCCCCUGAUGCAGCUCCUUAUGCGGGCAUACUGGAGACGUUGCAGGAAAUUCAACCCGAAAACUCUGAGGCCGUUAAGGCCAUGCUGUACCGCAUGCGGUCAGAGGGUGUCACGCCCGAUAUAUCAGUUUUCAACACUCUUAUCCGCUCCAGCAUCGCUCGUCGAGAAUACAUCGAGGCCUUUGGGCUUUAUCACGCAAUCAUGGCCAACCGUUCUGCUUCCCUCUUACCCAGCGACCUCACUUUCAAGAAGCUAUUCAACGUAUCAAAAUUUUGGGGUCAAAAACGCUCGCGGAAACACAAGCGCCCGGACAACGCUGUCCCUCCACGCCAGUUGUUUCGGGAUAUGGUCCAGUGUCAUCUUUUGCACACUGGGAAUGAACCCCUGGCACAUUCUAACAUAAUCUCAGUUUCAUGCCUACACCUCGCACUGCGGACAUUUAUGGCUCUCGAGGAUUACCCCGCUACUCUCAUGACGCUCCGCGCAUUCGACUAUUUUGGGUUCCAGCCUAACUUACAAACCUAUUUGAUCGUCAUCACUGGUCUUGUGUUACGCAUCAAGCAGGAGCUGGGACACGUCUGCAGGGCUAGCCAGUACCGCUUCACAGAUUUCGUCACGCACAUGAGACCUCGGGAGCCUCCAGACAUUGACGUGCUGGAGUGGAGGAUUCAACAUGAAGAACCUGUGGUGAAAUUAUGUGGUCCCGCCUGCGUUGGCCCUGAAACAGUCACGCACCUCCUUACUCUCGGAGAGCCAGCUGCUUCUGAGGCAACCCAUGCAGGUCGCAAGCGAUUGCCUACAUCUACCAUCCCAUCUGUCGACAUGCUCAUAGGAACCACGCUUCUCCCACCGUUCCAAGAAGUUUCGCUCGCACCACUGGUGAGACUGUUAAGAAAGGUGACGAUCUUAAGUCUUUUUAGGAAAGCUGCGGGGGGUAAAAGGGAGGGCGGGGACUGGAAAGCGGCAGUAGGCCCCAUUCUGUUAGGCGCGAAGGAGGAGAUGUGGUGCGACUGUGAGCCUUCUCCAGAGUCACGACCAGUGAUAAAGCGAAAGCAGAGAGGAAAAAUAGGAGUUCAGAGAGGGUCGUUGCCAUCGUCGGCCUCGAGGGUUAGAAAGAUGGUUAAGAAACAGACCCAUCAGUCAAUGCAAGGACAUAGAAAACUCUGAAUUGUUAUAAUCACGUGAUUUUAAGUAAAAUUCAAAGAUUUGGCACGUCUUAUUGGGUCUCCUUAU